AUGACGUCUGCAGCUUGCUUCAUAUCGAACGGUGUCGCGCCAGGAGCUGCGUUGCAGGCGCUGCUCGAAAAAGAAACACUAUCGCUCUCAUCCAUCAAUCUUGUCUGCUGCGAACAGCAGCCAGCAGGGCAAAUCCAACAAAGUGGCUCGAAAUAUAACGUAGUUCUGGCAGCGAGCAGUUCGCCACACAGCCGAGAUGUACUCGUGCGUGUCGCGCGGGAGAUGGCGCCGGGCGGCCGCCUCUAUGUUUAUGAGGCUACUCAUCCGGGCUCAAAUGCUCCAGGAGCUAUCGACACCGGGAGAUUGGAAGCUUUAAAGCAUGAUUUACUGCUGUCGGGCUUCACGGACACCCAGGUGCUGGAUGCCACCGGGCUGAGCUCCAGCGCGGCCAAUGUGCCCGCUGUCUGGGUUUUUUCCCAGCUGCCUUCUUGGGGCUUAGGGGCGUCUGCGAAAUUGUCGCUUAAGAGGCCAGCGGCGGCGGCAGCGGCGGCGGCAGUAGCAGUGGCAUCGGCAGCUCCAGCCGCCACUGUCCCGCCAUCCAGCGUAUGGAAGCUGGGCGGAGAUGAGGAGGAUGGCAUGGAUGAGUUAGUGGAUGAGGAUGAGCUGUUGACGGUAGAGGACAGGAAGGCGGCAUCAGCUCCGAAACCAGACGACUGUGAAGUGGGUCAGUCGGGUCGCAAGGCCUGCAAGAACUGCAGCUGCGGCCGGGCGGAAGCGGAGGCUGCAGGUGGGGGCGGAGGCGUCAAGCUGACAGCAGACAUGUUGGACAACCCGCAGUCAGCGUGUGGUAAUUGCUACCUGGGCGACGCGUUCCGCUGCGCUUCCUGCCCGUACCGAGGCCUGCCCGCCUUCCAGCCCGGUGAAAAGGUCACCCUGGGGACCAACAUGCUGGCAGCGGACGUGUGA